UUCAACUCUGCAAAAUCGAAACAAAAUGGUGAAAAGUGACGAAAUUGUGACUGUUACAGACACCACCAAGUUACUCGGAGAUGUCGCAUCUCUCUACCUCAACCAGAAAUUUUCUGAUAUUACUUUGCUCGUCGAUGACCAAAAGCUUUAUGCUCACAAGGUGAUUUUGGCAGUGAGGAGCAAGUACUUCGAGUCGCUCUUUUACGAAGAUUCGCAGAACACAAACCAGGCCGAAAUAACCAUAACCGCUGUGACUUUCGACGCUUUGCGCAGUUUGUUGAAAUACAUCUAUACAGGUACCAUCACUCUUUCCUCCGAUGUUGACUCAACCCUUCAGAUACUAGGACUUGCCCAUCAAUAUUCAUUCACAGACCUCCAAAGCGCCAUCAUCAACAAAAUAAAACCCCUUCUAAAUUUGCAAAACGUUUGUGCCGUCCUCAACACUGCCAACCUAUACGAUUUAGAAGAACUGCUCCAAGUCUGUCAUUCUUUCAUGGACCUUAACGCCUCUGAAGUCGUUGCUAGUGACUGUUUCACCGACCUGUCUCAAAAAUCGAUGAUUAAACUUUUAGAACGCAGUACUUUUUUUGCUCCCGAAAUCGAAAUUUUCAAAAGCGUGGCUAAGUGGUGCAAAAUUAACAACGAUGUUGAUGAUUUAGUGAUACAGUGUGUUCGUUUAUCGUGGAUGACUGUCGUGGACAUCGUAACUACAAUCUGGCCUUCGAAACUAUUCGACUGCGAAAAGUUGCUCCAGGCCAUUGCUGAGAUCGUUGGCGUCAAAACAAAACUUUCUAGUUCUAGAGGGUUCUAUCUUUUGGACGAAAAUCUAGCGACUGUUCAACACAAAUCUGAAGUGAUUUCUGGAACAAAUUCAUCUUGGUUGUUGACGGGUGGUGGAACCGUGGAAAGGAAUUUUGCGUACCACUUUAUAGACGGUAAAAGUGGAAUUAUUGUGAAGCUUGGUACUCCAUCUUUUGUUAACCACUUCAAAAUGAGACUGUGGGAUGGGGAUAAUCGCUAUUAUUCUUAUUACAUUUCGAUUUCUCUUGAUCAGAAGAAUUGGAGAAGAGUUAUCGACUACAGUCGCAUUGGCUGUCGUUCCAACCAAGUUUUGUUUUUUAAUCAGCAGGUUACUCAGUAUGUUAAAAUCGUAGGAACGAAUAACACCGUCGACAAAGCUUUUCACAUCAUAUCUUUCGAAGCGUAUUUCAAAAGUGACGUUCCUACAACCGCAAAUGGUAUCAUCAGUCCAAAUUAUAAUGUUGCAACUUUAGACAAGAAAGCGAUUGUAAUUAGUGGAACAAAUCCUUCCGUUUUACUGGAUGGUAAUUCACAUGACUACGAUGGGGUGAAAGGCUACUGUUAUCAUACCAUAGGCAGUGGAAAUCUUACCAUACAACUCGCUCAACCAUACAUGAUUUCAACAAUGAGACUCUUGUUAUGGGAUCGAGAUGGCAGAAGCUAUAGAUAUUUUAUUGAAACUUCUGUCAAUAAUUCAGACUGGGAGAUGGCGGUUGAUCUACGGAACCAAGAUUGCACGUCUUGGCAGAAUCUUCGUUUUAAAGAGAGGGCUGUGGUCUUUGUUAGGAUAACGGGGACUCACAACAGUGCUCCAAGUGACGGUUUCCAUGUGGUACAUUUCGAAUGUCCUUCCGAGGUGUGACGAAAACUGCCUGAAAAUUUGACGACCAUUAACAAAGUUUUUACAAAAUGCCUUCUCUACAUGAUUAAUA